GUUGUCAAGAUAUAUUUGUAAACAUAAAAACAAAAAUGUUCCAGAUGAAAUGACAGUGAAAACGUUUGAUCAGAUCCAAGCUGGCGCGAGCUUAUGGCGACAAUACUUCUUUUGUUCAAGCUUGUUCUGGGUCUCUAUAACAGUGGGAUAUGUGACCGGUCUUAUCAGUGUUCUGAUGGCUGAAAUCUCGCAGGGUGGAGAUGGAUUUCUGCUUUCUUCCUCACAGCUAAGCUGGGCUGCGGCUUCUGCACUACUAGUAGCGUGUCCUGUCAUGGUUUUUGGUGGACUUUUGGCAAAAAAGUUUGGUAGAAAAACUGGUGCUUUGCUAGUUUGUCCAGUAUUCAUUCUUGGUUAUAUAUUUAUCUAUCUAUCUACCCCAGCACUAAUCAGCUUACUGUAUAUUGGUAUAUGUCUUCAAGGCCUUGGAAUAGGUCUCCAGCAUGCUUCUAUAUCAUCUUACUUAACAGAGGUUAAUAUUAUCUAAAUAUAUAAAGUUGUAAUCUCUGUUUGUCAAUCCGAUCAUAACUCAUA